CCGUGAACUCACCGCAGACGUUGACGUCAUUCUCUACUAAACACUGACGUUUAAAAAAAUUACUGACGUUUAAACUUAUGGAGGCUAUUCUGAAAUGCAAAGCAGAGGACUUGGAAGAUUAUUACAGUUUAUUAGGAUGUGAUGAAUUGUCGUCGACUGAACAGAUUCUGAAUGAAUUCAAGAUCCGAGCCUUGGCAUGUCACCCAGACAAAAACUUAGAAUGUCCGAGUGCAGUGGCAAAUUUCCAGAAGCUUCAAGAAGCCAAAGAGGUUUUAUGUGAUGAAAGUAAAAGAAAAAACUAUGAUCUUUGGAGGAGAAGUGGAGUUACAAUUCCAUUCCAUGACUGGCAAGUGUUACAGGACUCAGUAAAAACAUCGAUGCACUGGGUUGUGAGAAACAAGAAGGAACCGAUGUUGGAAGGUGCCAGCGCAGAAAGUCCUGUCAGCUCUCAGGCAGAGGCCUCUUCCUGCGAUGAUGACGCACCGUCAAACUCUUCAUACGAAUCCACAUCAACUGCAACAGAUUACUGCUACCGACGUUUCCGCGGGACUACCGAGUCUCCACCCAGCCUGCUGCAGAAGUUCAGAAAUUAUGAAAUUUAAACGCAGCCACAGAUAGGCUUGUUGAAAUGUUGGUGUUUGUGUCACUUUACCAUCUGUAAUACAGCUGUGAUGUGCUGAAACUGCUAUUAGUAAAUGUGCUUCACGUUCAGAAUGCUGAAAAUGUGAGUUGUGAAGUGGAUA